AUGGCUGGCGAGGAGCGCAUCCUGGUGUCGGUGCGGCUGCGGCCGGUGAACGCGCGGGAGGCGGAGCGCGGCAACGGCUCCGACUGGGAGUGCGCCGGCCCGACCACGCUCAUGUUCCGCGGCAACAUCCCCGAGCGCGCCAUGUUCCCCGCCUCCUACACCUACGACAGGGUGUUCAACCCGGAGUGCAGCACCCGGCAGGUGUACGAGGAAGGGGCCAAGCAGGUGGCCCUAUCGGUGCUCAGCGGCAUCAACUCAAGCAUAUUUGCGUACGGUCAGACUAGCAGCGGGAAGACGUACACGAUGGUCGGCAUCACGGAGCGCAGCAUGUCAGACAUCUACGACUACAUUGACAAGCAUCCUGAGAGGGAGUACGUCCUGAAAUUUUCAGCGAUGGAGAUAUACAAUGAAGCCGUGAGGGAUCUCUUAAGCCCGGACGCAACACAGCUAAGGCUCCUUGAUGAUCCGGAGAAAGGAACUGUAGUAGAGAAACUCACGGAGGAAACUCUCAGGGACAAAGGCCAUCUCUUGGAGCUCCUUGCAGUGUGUGAAGCUCAAAGACAGAUCGGGGAAACUGCUAUGAAUGAAACAAGCUCCAGAUCUCAUCAGAUACUCAGAUUGACGAUCGAGAGCUCGGCAAAGCAGUUCAUGGGACGAGGCAACUCGAGCACCCUUCUGGCUUGUGUGAAUUUUGUUGAUUUAGCCGGAAGUGAGCGCGCCUCUCAGACACAAUCAGCUGGUGUGAGGCUUAAAGAAGGCAGCCACAUUAACAGAAGCCUGCUUACAUUGGGAAAGGUCAUUCGCCAACUCAGCAAGGGAAGAAAUGGGCAUAUCCCUUACAGAGAUUCAAAGCUCACUCGGAUAUUGCAGUCAUCUUUAGGCGGCAACGCGAGAACUGCUAUUAUUUGCACAAUGAGCCCAGCGCACUAUCAUAUCGAGCAAUCCAGGAACACGCUUUUGUUUGCAAACUGUGCUAAAAAUGUAGUUACUGACGCAAGGGUCAACGUAGUGAUGUCAGACAAGGUGUUAGUGAAACAUCUUCAGAGAGAAAUUGCAAGGCUAGAGAAUGAGCUGAAGUUUCCUGGAUCAGCCUCUUGUAGCAAUCAUGCUGAGGCUUUGAGAGAAAAAGAUGAGCUGAUCAAACAGCUGGAAGAACAGUUGAAGGAAUUGAUGGAGCAAAAAGACACCGUUCAGUCUCAACUUGACAAUUUUCGCCGAGUUGCAAGUGAUGGAAAUUUCAAUGACCAUGCAACAAGGCAAUGGGAUCAACGGAAUAGGUCUUCAGAAUCCCUUCCACGUAAUGUGUCUGAAGACGCGCUUUCUUCUUCGGAUACUUACGAUGCUGUUUAUGAAGAACAAGAUGAUCCAGGCUCAAAAGCAUUAGAUGCGUCACAUGUCUGUAACGGUCAUCAUCAUGACCCAGAGCUUCCCAAAACAACAACAGAACCAUAUCAACAAACAGUGGAUGAACAGCCAAUGUCUAGCUUGCAUCAACCAAGAAACCAUAUUUCUGAUAACAUAGAGAUAUAUCAACAAAAUAGGGAGGUUUCAUCAGAGGUUUCUGAGGAACAUUGCAAGGAAGUCCAGUGCAUUGAAAAGAAUGAGCUUAGGAGAAGUCAAUUAUUCUUUCCUGCUGAUGGAUCUCAUGCUGGCACAAACAUCGAUGAAGAAAAGCAUGGUGAAAACAUAACAGACACAUCAGACAUUGCCAUCCAACUAUACACAUGUGAUUCUGACCCAUCUUCUGAUACUGAGCAAACAAAUACUGAUGAAUCUUUGGCCCUGAAGAGGUGUGUGAUAAGCUCCAGGGACAGUGUACUAACUAGAAGCAGAAGUUGCAGAGCUAGCUUCAUGGUCAUUCCAAAUAGUUGGUUUGAUGGUUCAGUGGAUAUGAGAAUGACACCCCCAGGUGACAUUUUCAAAUAUGCUCACAGAAGGCCAGAGAAGGUUAGGAGGAGUCUAUAUCCUGAAAAUGGUCAUUGCCAAAAUGAUCCUACAUUAGACUGCCCUGUGGUCUCCAGAACAGUUGCAUCUGACACGGUUAUUGACAAGAACACUUGCAAUGAAGAAGACGAAGACGCCAUCAAUAACGUCAGCUGCAUCACGAAGGUGAAAGAGAAGUCAGAAGAGUGUUGUACAUCCCAACUAGAGGGCAAUCAGGAUGACGUUACUGAAGAAAUUUCAGACAUGAAACAUGCCAAAGAUGUUGACAGAGAUAUAUCGGUGACAACUGUUGACUCUCCUUCACGGUGGACUAUUAACUUUGAGAAAAAACAGAAGGAAAUCAUUGAUUUAUGGCAUGAAUGCAAUGUCUCUAUAGUACACAGAACAUAUUUCUUCCUCCUCUUCAAGGGGGACAAAGCAGACAAUAUUUACUUGGAAGUGGAACACAGGAGAUUGUCCUUCAUUAAAAGUUCUUUCAGUGCCGGGUGUGAGCCUAAUGCUACUGUUACAUCAAGCUUGAGAAAUCUUCGGCAUGAAAGAGACAUGCUCUACAAGCAAAUGCUGAGGAGACUCAAUCUUCCGGAAAGAGAGAGCCUUUACAGCAAAUGGGGGAUCGAUCUGAAUUCCAAACAGCGAAGACUGCAGCUAUCGCGUCGCAUCUGGACACAGACUGACAUGGAACAUGUGAGGGAAAGUGCCGCUCUUGUCAUAAAACUAGUAGAACAUCUGGAGAAGGGGCAGGCCAUCAAGGAGAUGUUUGGGUUGAGCUUCACACUAAACCCACGAGGUGACCGAAGAACUUUCAGCUGGUCCGGCGCGAGCUCCAUCUCCUCCUCGAGGCCGUCUUCCGUCGUCAUCUUCAUGGAGUCCGGCGCCAACGCCGACGUCGAGUCCGCCGAGGAUGCAUCCAUGGAGUCCGGCGCGGGCUUCAUCUUCUACUGCAGCAAGGGCGAGCGGCUAGCGGCGUGCAGCGGCGGCUAG